CUUUGCACCCAGCGAGCACGAGAUCCUCGGCAGCGAGCUCACUCCCCCCCACAUCCUAAAACGGCACCCCGCCACCCCGGCACCCCGCCGACGACUUCUCCGUGACGGCCGCGACGCCCCGCCGGAUCCCCGCCGCCAGUCCACCAUGUCGACUUCGUGUGUGCGCGCGCUCUUGGGCGCGCCCCGCGCCGCGCUUCGGAGCAGGAGGCCACGAUGUGCCAUGCUUGCGACGCACCACGCCCACAUUUCCUCUCAUCUCUCAAUUCCAGCCCGCUCGCUCGCGACCGAAGCGCCAGCGCCAGCGCCUUCGCCCUCCGCAUCCUCCCCGCCCCCGAAGACGCUGUAUCCCGCCGUCCUCCCCGCGCAGCGCGGCGCGCUGACCGGCGACGAAGCCUCGGCCUACCUCUCCUCCAUCCUCUCCCUGCCGGGCGGCACGUUCCCGCCCGCGCUCGCGCUCCAGAUCCUCACGCACAAGUCGUACCGCUUCGCGCACCGCCUCGCGCACCCCCCGCCGUACAGCGACGCCGAGCUCGCGCAGUCCCAGGUUUCGCACAACGCGCGCCUCGGCUUCGUGGGCCGGCGCGCGCUCGCGGCAUACAUGGCCAUGUUCGUGCACUCGUCCAUGCCGAGCACGCAGGCGGUGUACGCCGCCGACUUUUUGCGCGGCAAGGACAUUGCGGGGAAACUCGAUGCGUUGCGGCACCAGAACAAUAUCGGGCGUGUGGUGGGCGACCGGUGGCAGAUUGGCGAGGUGAUGCGUUGGGACAAUAACGAGACCGGCCGCGAGGGGGGCUACGCCAAAGUCAAGGGCCUGACAGUCGAGGCCGUGCUCGGAGGCGUGUUUACGCAUCUCGGCUCGCCGGCGGCGCAGCGCGCAUACCACCUGCACAUCUUGCCGCUGCUCCAGGAGCAGCUGCGCGACCCCGCACUCAUUGAGGCUGCCGAGCGCGUGCGUGACAGCGCACAGGGGCUCGGCGGCGUCCUUCCGUAGAUAACACCAGCAUUGCAUGUACGCCAUUCUGCCG